AUGGACGGAUCCAGAAAACUCAAACCCACGGUGGAAAACACCGACCCUUACCAAUUGGAGAUGCAACUUCUUGCUCAAGAAUACAAUGAGCGCGAAGUCAAUUCCAGAGGCAGUCUCAUUGACUUGGCAGAUCAAGCUAAUCUACAAGAACACAAUGUCGCAGUCGCAGCUUUGGAAGAUCGAAAGCGUCGUGCUAAGGCCACUCUUGAUUCAGAUCAUAAUACAGAAAUCGAAUUCAUCAAUAAUCAAUAUGUGGAAAAGUCGCAAAAACUCGAGGCAGAUUAUACCAAGGAGCGAGAAGAUCUGGACAUGGAAUUGCUCAAGAAGAGUGGUAAAUCUUACGAGACACUUCAAGAGUUGCAUGCUAAAAAUCUUUUGCAAAUUCAAGUGUUCGAACAAAAAGCCGUGGAUAUCUUGAAGAAAAUGUCGAAGAGCGUGAAGGAAGAAAAUACCACCUAUACAAUGGGUUCUAGUCUUGCAAUCUCUGUUGCAGCAACUGGUGCUGCUGUCAAUGCCCCACCUACCAGUUCCGCUAGUGCAUCGACGAUGUCUUUGGGUCGAACUGAGAGAGUAAUUCAGGAUCAAUAUCUUGUGGCUAGCCCAGAUGACGAUGAAUCACUUUUCGUGGAUUAUCCAGAGUUUGAGCCCAGAGUUCCUCCAUCGAUGAGAGCUUCAUUGGCUUCUCAUGAUAUGACUGCAAGCCUUGGGUUCAGCCCAUCUUCAAAUGAUGAUCACUCGAUUAAGCGUCAAAAGACCAAGGAAUUGUCAGCUACCUCGAUCAAGAGGGAAACAAGUCCUUCAAUGAACGAUGCAUCCUAUGUUCAAGACCUUUUGAGCAUGCAUGUUCCAACACAAUCGCUCAGCAUGGCCUCUAGCGAGCGCGAGCCUGGUGGUUCUCAUGCUCAGUCCUACUUCCCCUCUACGACGAUCGCAGGCCGAGAUUGUGACCCUAGCAAGGAGAACGAUACAAUCAUUCAGAAUGGCUCCAUAUCACGACUUUCAGGUUCUACUAGAUUUCAACCAGCUCAUGCGCAGCAACCUUUGGUUAAUAGCCCCACAUUGGACGUUUCUAGCGGCCUCCCUGCUCCUGCACAAAUCGCACGUCGAGGUUACUUGUCGUCACAAAUCCGCAGUCCUCUCAUCAACGCUCCCAGAAGAGCGUUUUCGAACGCUGGACUCACCAACAAUGCCUCGAGCAUUGGAGAGAGACAACGCACCGAUUACCGCCACGGCCAAACGAUCACUCCAUUGAAGCGCAAGGCUUCUGACGUCAAUUUGAGUGAUCUUUACGAUGAGAUGGAGACUUCGAAGGCUGGAGCCCCGACUCAAAUUCAGCAAAAGGCUGAGGAGAUAUCGAGAGUCCAAGAAGUACGCCGAAGCGCAAUCAAUGCUUCAAGUGCUAGUGGUGCGAGUAGGAACUGGAUUGGCCAAACCCCCGAAUUCGGUCGGCAGGAGGCUGUCAAGGAGGAGCCAACUUCAGCAGUGACCGGUAUGGCUCGAUCUAUCAACGCAGAGCCAGCACACACGACAAGUCACGCCCAUCAACCUAGUAAUGGAGAGGCAAUACAAUCAAGAGUCUUGACUCCAAGACAUAGUAAUGUAGGCUCAUCGCGAACAACAACCACUGGCACUAGAUCCUUCAGCUCAGGGUCAUCUCGACCAGUAGCUAUUACCCACAAGCUUAGCAUUGCAGAGAUUCGACUAUCCUUUGAUGAUAUUCCUAUCGAGUAUAUUUCUUAUGAUGCUGGCGCUCCCUCCCGCUCCUUCCCUGUUACUUGGUCUGGCAAGAAAGGUAGUCACAACUCCAGGCAACAAGUCAGUCAUAACUUUAGGCUACAAGUGAUGCUCACGAAAAAUAAGGUCUUGCACCCCUAUGAUGGCACUGAUGACAAAUCCUCACAGUAUCCCAAGUUGGUGGUCGAUGAUUCUUGGGUUCUUGGUGGCUUCUAUCACAAAGAGUCGCGCAACUACAGAAUCGAGAUUUAUAGGCCGAGAUCGAAGAAUGAGUAUAGGGUGGAAUUUGAGGAAGGUCAUGACCGUGUCGAGAUUCAGAGCGCGAGGUUGAGAAUUGGAUUUGCCGAGGAAAUAGAACUUGAUCACUUUCUUGAGUGGUAUAAAAAGAUGCACCCUGGUGCUAAAAUUCGUUCUGAUGAUCGCCUUGGCUCCCUCCGUACAUUCCAUGACGAGAGCGGUAAAUCCGACCCGGCAUUGAGAAAAAAGAUCGAAGGCAGAGCUCAAAGAUUGGCACUUGUCGCACCUGUUGCAGUCAUGACUUAG